AUGUCCAAAGGCCUUGUAAUUGAACUGCUGAUACUUGACGAAAGCAUUAUUCAAUUAUUCAGCUUGAUUGCCGAUGCCUACGCGAAAUUCUGGCCGCUCAUCGGCAUCGGCAUUGAAAUCCUUACGUUGAUGCUGAUAAUUUACCUUUACGAGCGCAGGCAGCGUGAGCUAAAGGCGAAACUUGCGGCAGAAGAGGCGGCUGCUGGUGUAACCGACAAUAUGGGCUUCUACUAUGGCCGUUCAGGAAUGGGUCGCGUCGGAUCUUAUGUCCCUGGAAUGGACGUGUGA